UUGAAAAACUCAUUCUGUGAUAAUAAAAAUUUAAGCGAAGACAAUACAAGUUGUAAUAAAGUAUUCCUGCUAAUUUCGUGUAGAAUAAAUGAGUAUUUUUCAAGAAAUCAACAAAAACCCGACUAUCAGUUUCGAAAAUCCCGGCCCGGCCCGGGUUUCGCUCCCAUUUUAGUCACACUCAAUUUUUUGGCGGGAGUAAAGAAUUUUAGCGGGAAAAAAUCUCGGACUUCUUUGUAUACUUGAAUAAAAAAGCCCGAAAACUUCGAAAUAGCAUAACGUCAUCUCCACGCGAGUAAACAGUGAGCCAAGAAGCUAAGAUGACAUCUUCAGAGAAAAAAAGAAAGAUGGAUGAAAAUCCGCCACCAUCAGACCCUGAAACCAUGGUGACUGGAUUUAUCCACUGCGUGUCCCCAGUAAAACUUUCGGCAAACGGGAGCAGAUAUUUUAAUAUGACAAUACAACGAAAGGAUGAAUACACCAAUGCCGUCUCCUUCAGUGCCUCCGCACAUCAACAAAUGCUAGAAAUGUCAAAAAACAAAACACCAGUGACACUUCACAAUGUACAAAUGUCACCCAGUCUGAAAUCAAGUGGAAAAUUUGAUGUCAAAUAUAACCACCGCUCAAAUAUGACCCCUGCAAGAAACUUGGACUUCGAGUUCCAGUUGCCAGAGCAUACUAAAUAUAGAACCAUAAAACAAGUAGAGGAAAACCUCAAUGCUUUCCAGAAGACUUGUGUCAAAGUAAAGGUUUUUGAAAAAGGAGAAGCAGAUGCCCAAGUUCUCAAGUCAGGAACAGAAUUGAACAAGUGUAAAUUAAUUGUCUCAGAUAUUUCUGGAAGCAUUCCUCUUACAAUUUGGGGUGAAGAAAUACAGCAAAUCAAGGUUGGUGACUCCUACUCCAUAACGAAUGUCUCGGUCCGAUCAUUUGAGGGCAAAAGUUUGACAACUAGUCCAGACACUGUUGUAGAAAAGAUUGACGACAUUGGAAAAUGUCUCUACACACCAACAGAAGUGUCAACAAAUCAGAAACAACUAAUCAUUGAUUCUGUGAGUUGUGUCAUCACCCAUGUGUGUAUUGCAUGUCACAAGAGCAUCGGAUCCUUUAAUACAGCAGCUACUUUUGUGAAAUGUACCAAAUGUGGCAUGAAGCAGAAAACGGCCAACAUUCAAAACUCAAUAAAAUGCCAAAUUCUUUGUGGUAAGGAGAGAUUUACAAUCAACGAUUCCGUCAUUAAGGCAAACAGCAUCCUUAAAAGUUUCUCUGAAGCAGACAAAAUCGAAAAUCAUCUCUUGUCCAAUCCAAACAUCACAGUGGAAGUAGCCACAAAUGAACCAACAGUUCUGAAAAUAAUUAACAUUGCGUGACUUCCUGUCAUUGUCCUUGCAUUACCGUCACUAAAUUAUCACCAUUAAAACUUUGGAUCUUUGGAUUUAAAGAAGCAAUGUGACAGAUAACAUGCAUAAUGAUGUCACCUUUUAUUGCCAAUUCAUGAACUGAUGUGUUGUUGUCUUGUUUUAAAUAGAUGGUCUAGUUCAAUUUAAGUAGAUAACUUGUACAUGGGCUAUGUACUUGUAGGAAUUGUGGCAUACAAUCUUUUCAAGUUUCAAGCUAGUUGCCAUUUUUUUUUCUCACUAUGUUGAAGGGCUCCUGACACAAUUUAUUGCUAAUUUCAAUUUUGACAUGAUUAUUUCAAAGAUACAUGUACUUUCAGUUUCAUAAAUUGAACUUUAAUAUAAAUGCCUAAAUUCAAUGACAAUAACAUUUCUCAUAACAUCCAAGGAAACAUCAGUCUUUGUAAACAUGAGCCUAGUUGUUUUUGUCUUUAAUAUAAUAAUGUUUUACCAGGUGUUUUCUAUUUACACACACACAAUGCUGAUGUAUUGGUUUUCCUUCCUUUCUUGCAUUUUUACUCUAUAGUGCAAGAACCCUCUCUACACUGCACACUAAAGAGUUCUGAUUCUAAGGUAUUUUCUAAGCUUAGAUUAAUCUUCCCUUAAAUCUGAAUUCUAAAAAUUAGAAAUUUACAAUAAAGUUCUCAAUUCUUAUUAAUUCAAGUAUUCUUAGUAUUUUGAAAGGCCAAGAUAAAUUAACUGAACGUGUUAUUUACAUGUAUUUUCUCUAUUGAACUAAUUAACAGAAAUUUCUAUUCACUUAUACUGUGUUGUCUUUCAACAUUUUUUCUGGGUGUGAAUGCACACACCAUAUAGUGAAAAUUAAAUAAAUAAGCACAAUAUUAACUCCUUUAGACAUUUUUCUUUCAAUGCCCCCCAUCCCGCGAAACAAAUGCACUUGUUUAGAGAGGGUCCUUAAAUAUUAAGAAAAAAAUAUUUUAUUCCAUCAAACUGCUAGGAUGUAUGUUCAUUAAACACAUCCCAAUAUCCAAAAUUAAUAUUUUCCAGACAAAAGAAGUUUAUAAACAUGGCUUAUAUUUAUAUUGAUACAAAAUGCUGAAGAAAAAUUACUGAUUUUUUUUUUAUUAACCUAUAAUGUCCAACUGAUAGUGAUUAUCUUGGUUCAUUUUGUUUUUAUUUGACCAAUUGGAGACCCUUACUUGUGUUUUCAGGAAAUACCUGUACUUUGACAGCUACUUUUUACAUUACUAGUCAAGUCCUUAUAUUUUUAUGAGAGUUUGUAACUUUCAUGUUCAUUUGAUGAUUUGGUUCAUUUUGUCUUUAUUUGAUGAAUUGGACACCCUUACUUGUGUUUUCAGGAAAUACCUGUACUUCAGCUACUUUUUACGUUACUAGUUAAGUCCUAAUAUUUUUAUGAGAGUUUGUAACUUUCAUGUUUAUUUGAUGGUUAACAGAUCCUUAGUUUUGUUUUCAGGGUCUACUGUUUCUUAAUUUACAUAACUAGUCAUUUUGUUACUUCCUCAUAGAAUUAGUCAAGUUUGAACCUGUAGGUUUUUCAUUUUCUAAUUUUUUUUCUUCACAGUUUUGACAAAUUGUUCAAUAAAAAAUCAAACUCAUAAAUAUAUUAAUGUUUUCACUACAGACAGACGCUACAUG